UUACAGAUCUCGGGUGUUUCUGGGAGAUGCGAAAACCGAGCUUCAGAAAAGAAUCCACCAGUGUAUGAAGUCCAAAUAAAUUCGUCCGCAAGUUUCAGCGCAAUAGACGAUCCACGUAUGAAAGGAAUGAUUCUAUCGGACCAUGGACAGAUGAUCCAGGGCCUUCUCGAUGAACCGACCAUAAAUCUCCACGCCUCUUGCACUCCGCAUAGUGAGCCUUCAGCGCGAAAGAUUUCCAAGGGUUCUGCACAGCUAUCUUGCGUGUUAGAUAUUACUGUAUACGGCCCCUGGGAGCUAUUUGAACAAAUCGGUAUAUGGUUUCAAGAGUAUGGGGUGUAUCUCCAGGAUCCCCGAGUGUGUCAUAAAGACGUCAAAUACUGCAACCCUCACCGAUUGUCAUCAGAGGCCUUUGAGUCGUGUCUCUUGCUUUCUCAAGUUGUCUCUCAUACAGGCAUAUCAUCUUGCCUUCAGGAUAUCACAGAAGGACCAGAGUUGCUGGACAUGCUGAGCAGCAAUGUCGACCUGGAGGAGACUCCGCAACCAACGGCAAUACGCGCAAUUCUUCAAAGUCACCAGAAGAAAGCAUUGACAUUCCUUCUUCGCCGCGAGAAAGGCUGGGCUUUCGAUGAUCAUCAGUCAGAUAUUUGGGAGAAAGCAGACACGAAUCAGGGACGCUUUUUUGUCAACAGAGUUUCUAAUACUCACCAGUCCGAAGAGCCCCCGCAGUUUUAUGGAGGCAUCGUCGCCGACCCAAUGGGUCUCGGAAAGACAUUGACUAUGAUCUCUUUAGCAGCAACAGACUUAGACAGCGAUAUGAACAACGGCGUUCACAUGGAUAUUGAUGAUGAGCAAGACAAUCCUGUCCCGACUACUCUCGUAAUUGUACCUCCACCACUUCUUGGCACCUGGGAAGAGCAACUAGCAGAGCACGUAAUAGAGGGCAGCAUAAUAUGGCGUUGCCACCAUGGCAAAAACAGAUUCGUUGACAAGAGCGAGCUCGAUGGUGUAAACGUGGUUUUGACCACAUAUCACACCGUUUCUGCCGAGUGGAAGACUGGGAAUUCCAUUCUGUUUUCAGUUCGCUGGAGAAGAAUUGUUUUAGACGAAGCACAUUAUAUCCGAAAUGGAAACUCGAGGAUGGCUCAUUCAAUAUGCGCGCUUGACUCCGUCGCCCGGUGGGCUGUCACUGGUACACCGAUCCAGAACCGUCUGGCUGAUCUUGCGACUCUCCUCAGAUUCAUCAGAGCUCAUCCUUAUACUGAUCCAAGGGCAUUUGAUACUGAUAUAUCUCGCUUCUGGAAAUCUGGAAAGGACGAGGAAGCCGUGAGGCGAUUGAAACACCUUUCAACGUGUCUUCUUCUUCGCAGACCCAAAGCCACGAUUAAUCUUCCCCAACGAAGAGAUGUGCGAUGCCCUGUUGACUUUAGCCGCGAGGAAAGAGCACUAUAUGACGAGAUACGUGAGCAAGCGGUCAGCAAAAUCGAGGAGGUGCUCCAAAAUAGCUCGGAGGCGUCGCGGGCGGGCGGCUAUGUCAACGUUCUUCAGCGGAUUGAAUCACUGCGACUUGUCUGUGACUUGGGCCUCUAUUAUCACUCAAGGCACCAAAAUCUCCAGAACCUGAUGGCCGAAGCCAGUGACUGGGCCAGUGUUGCGCAGGAGACGUUUAAUGUUCAACGAGGAAUGGGUUCAAUGGUCUGCGCUCAAUGCUCAUCAACUCUUGAGCUGACCGAGACGCUCUUUGAUGAUUCAGCCUCGGCACACACAAGUCCAGAAUUUUCCCGUUGUUUGAGAUAUCUUUGUGGAGAUUGCAUACACAAAUUGGGCCGAGCUAAUCACAUAGCCCUCUGCCGCCACAAGCCUUCAUGUCCAACAGCGCCAGUGUCCAUAAGCACAAGCGUCUUUGAAGAUGUCUCCAGUCUCAUUUCACCACAGAUAAAGAACCUUUCAACCGGAAUUCCGUCCAAGGUGAAAGGUCUGAUUACUGAUAUCAAGUCACUCCCUCCAGAUACUAAAUGUCUCACGCUUACUGUAGCCUCGCGAGCAUAUCUCAUGGAGCCGCAUUGGAAUCCAACUCUCGAAGAGCAAGCUCUGGCGCGAAUUCACCGAAUCGGCCAGACGCAAGAAGUGACGACCGUGCGCUUUUAUAUGCGGGAUUCGUUCGAAGAGCAAGUCAUGGAACUGCAAGAGUCAAAGAAGAAUCUUGCUGGAGUCCUGCUCUCUCCUCACGAUGGAGGGCGCAUGGACGACAGUUUGGGGACGCUGCAGGUAAGUGAUCUUUAUGUCACAUUGGUAAAGAAUGUCGCGUCUGAUGCGCCUGUAGCGGUUGCGUGUAUUGCUUUAGUCAGAAACAUAUGGGGGGCGCUGAUCAAAUUUGUCAAUAUGUUGCUGCCAAGGACACAUCGUGAGCUUGAGCUCAUCGCUCAGAUCAAGUGA